CACAAACACACUCGGAAUAUUGGUGGUGCGCCUACGGUCAACGCCCCUCUCGCACUGAAGAUAAAGUUGUUAUCCUCAAGAAACACAGAGUAAUUGAAGGAGGGAGAAUUUUUGCAGAAAGGUGAUGGUAGGGACAGAAGUAUAAUCGACAACCGAAGAAUUUUCUGAAACCUAACUGCACCGACUCCGUUGGCCGAGGGAAUUCCGGCGACAGUUCAGCAGCCCUUGCUAUUGAAACUGCAACAAGAUUUGAUACAACGAGUUCUUCUUGAGCAGGUGGUUUUUUCUACUAUAUUACGGUUUGAAGUCAUUUGUGUUCGCGUUAAUUGCUAAGAGAGAACACAAAUGUUGUCACGGCUAGACGUUGAGGAGGAUGGUUCCCUUCACAGUUCCGACUCGUCAUCCAGACCGUCCAACUUACCACCUGUAUCUACAUCUAGUAUCGACUGGUCAUCCAGAACGUCCAAUUUGCCACCUCUACCUACAUCUAGGGGAAGCCACUUUAGCAAGGUCAGAAGGCUUUUGUCAGCUGCCAAAUCCCUCCGGCAUAAGGGAUAUCAUGGUAACAUAUCCAAACCGUCCAAUUUGCUACCUGUACCUACAUCUAGUAAAGAGACCGGAUCAUCAUCCCCAAAGGGAGAAUGUUUCCAUCAAUUUACAAUUGCUCAAAUUCGAUCCGCCACUCAAGACUUCAACGAAAGCAUGGUCAUAGGGAAAGGUGGAUUCGGCAGUGUGUACAAAGGCACAAUCAAGAGUGGAACAGGAAUCAUCGUGGCUCUUAAGCGGUGGAACCCUGUUUCUCAUCAAGGUGCCACUGAGUUUCAGGCUGAAGUUGAUUUGCUUCCUAUGUUGCGACACCCUAACAUAGUGUCUUUAAUUGGAUCUUGUACUGAUCGUAAAGAGAUGAUUCUUGUUUACGAGUAUAUGUCCAAUGGAAGCCUUGGAGAGCACCUACACAAGCAUCGUACUCCAUUAUCUUGGUCGCAAAGACUCAACAUAUGUAUUGAUGCUGCACGUGCAUUACACUACCUCCACAAUGGGAGUAGUGGGAAAGAGGUCAUAUACAACAAUGUGAAGAGCGCUGAUAUCUUGUUAGAUAACCAAUGGGCAGCCAAACUCACAGACUUUGGAUUAUCUAAAAUAAUCCCCACCGAUAACUGGUCUACCCAUGUUACUACGCAAGUUGCAGGCACAUUUGGGUAUAUCGAUCCAGAGUUUUAUACAACAGGCAGACUAAGCAAGAAGUCUGAUGUGUAUUCCUUUGGAGUUGUUCUAUUGGAAGUGUUAUGCAGGAGGCGUGCAACCGAUCGGAAUCUUGAUGAGGAACAACGGGGAUUGGUGAGAUGGGCUCAACACUGUAUAAGAACAGGGAAAGUAGAGCAGAUCAUUGAUCCAGAUUUGAGGGGGCAGAUUUCGCUUAGGUGCUUAAAUGAUUAUGCAAGAAUAGUGAAAUGCUGUUUGCGUGAACAUCAAGAGCCACGUAUUACAAUGGCUGAGGUUCUCUUUGGUCUUGAGUCUAUAAUGGCAUUACAUGAGAGAACUGAUAAUUCAAUUCCCCAAAUGGGUAUAACUACAUCUGAUUGGAGCUUGCAGAAGCAUUUCUUUUCCUAUGGAGAGAACUCUGGAGGAAGCUACUUUAAAAAGGACAUUGAGCUUUUGUCUGCCAAAUCCGACCAGCAUGAGGGUGAUUAUGGUGACAUGCCAGAAAAGGAUGUGGAUGUUAUAUCUGAAAAUUCAUAUGAGCGCCUUGAAAUAAGUUCACAGCAAAGCAUCAGGUACUCUAGUGACGAGUUUGAUCCAACUAGUGAGCCAAACCAUGAAGUCAUUGAUGAAGACCAAACAAAAUCCUUGUAUGGAUUGAUGCAAUUGGAGUAUAUACAACGAGCUGAUGCCUUGAUGAGGAUGAAGGACUUUUUACACCUCAUCUGGUUUUACCAUGUGAAAAUAGAAGCAGAGGUCAACUUUAGGUCUCUUUUAGACAAUUUUUCCUCAUUAGAUGAGUACAUAAGAAAGUCACUGGACUCUCCCAGGGAUGGAAGCUACCUGAUAGAGAUUCAAACACUUCUUCAAGACAUUGAAGAACAUUUAGAUGAUGCUCAUUUUGAUAUGGUGGCCUAUUUACCAGAAGACAACAGUUUCGGGUCUGUAGGAAUUGAAAAUUUAGCAACAGGAGUCAACUCUGGGCGAGUUUCUAUUGCAAGUUUUUGGUCAGGUAUACCAGAAGUCCAUGCUAGUGUAGUUGCUUCAGCUGCCCACAGAGCUGUAAGUUGUAUCAAGGAUUUGAAUGUCAAGAAGCUUGGUAUUUCUGGAAAUGGUUCUCAGGAAGUAGUAGAAACAUUGAAGGAUAUGCCAGAGUUAAGAAGCGCGUUUGAUAUGGUCUUGUGUGUAUCACGUCAUAACAUCAAAGAGCUUGUGAAUGACAUAGAAGAAGAGAUAUAUCUGUGGAGGAAAAGAAGCUCAGAAUCUGACAAUGAAACAAUUGUUGUGGAAAAGUACCUGAACUGUUUGUUGUUUGUAGAUUGCAGUGAUCAUUCAAUCGAUUUGCAUGGACUUGAGUUCAAAUUGUCCAAAUGGUUUGAAACUGUUCAGAUAGUGAUGACAAGUGGAUCAGAAAAUGCUUAUUUCCCCGUGGAUAUAGAGAUCAAAGUUGAGGAUCAUCUUCUACCCUGGAUAUUAUUCUCUACAAAUGUUGACCUAGAAACAGUGAGCAAGUACACUAGCAUUCAAGAAAUGGCAACACGCUUAAUUGAAAAGUGUCAUGGCCAUUUACUCGCCAUCAUUUUACUUGCAAGGGCUUUGAGAGGUGUGGUUCAAGUUGGUGUUUGGGAAUUUGCAUUACAGGAAUUAGCCUCACAAAAAGAGCCUUCUUCAUCAUCACAGUUGGGUAUCACAAGUGAUAUCAUGGUGAGGGUGUUAAGAUUCAUUUGGUCUCGCAUGGAAAGCUUGUCUCAAAGGUGCAUUAUACAAUUUGCAACACGCUACAUAGGAACAGAGUUUGAUAAAUUUUUAUUGAUAAGGAGUUGGAUUAGAGAUGGGUUGGUAAAAACUGAACAGGAAGGAGAAAAUGUCUUUGAAGACCUCAUACGUUCCUUCCUUCUAGAACAAGUCGGGAAUAAUUGUGUUAGAAUGAGAGAUGAGACUCGAGUUGUUUUAGUUGCUGAAUUUGUACCUCGUGCAUAUCGACUUUAUCUUAAGCAAGAUGGUUCAGAAUCAAACAGAAUGCCAAACGUUGAAGAGUGGGAUGCGAGGGAAAUCCACUUAAGUAAUAACAUAAUAUCCGAGCUUCCAGAUAACCCCAACUGCCCAAUUCUUGUAAAUUUGUUUUUACACUUUAAUCAAGAUCUCAUUGAUAUUCCCAUUACAUUCUUUGAUAAUAUGCCUAGCCUCCAAGUUCUAGAUUUGUCAAGCACGAGCAUAAAAUGUUUGCCAUCUUCCAUUUCCAAGUUAACAACUCUUGGAAAAUUAUUCAUAAGAGACUGUGACCUUUUGAUGGAACUACCACCUGAAAUUGGAGCCCUUAAGAAUCUCAAGGUAUUUGAUUCAGAAGGAACACAGCUUGUAUGCUUACCAGAGCAAUUUGGGUCGCUAACCAAGUUGGAAUGCUUGAAGUUUUCUUUGUAUAGCUUUCAAGACAAGUCCAAAGCAAGCAACCAAAGUAUGCAAAUAAUUCAUGUAGCAGUUUUGUCAAAACUGAUAAGGUUAAAGGAACUAAGCAUUUGUGUGGAUUUUUAUGGUGAAUGGUGGGAGGAUGAGGUCAAACUUAUCAUUGGCAUUUUGUCUAAGUUUUGGGACUUGGAAUCUUUGAGACUAUAUUUCCCUACCAUAGAACUGCUGGAGAUGUUUAUGGAGACACUGAACUGGAGAGGGGUCCCUCUUUACCAACAUUUGUCGAAUUUUGGUUUCGUUGUUGGUCACCUGCAACAACGUCUCAUAUCGCGUGUCCCACAUGACCUUCAUAAGACCUUUGCAAAACUGCCAAAGUGCCUGACAUAUACAAAUGGCAAUGGGGACACAAAAGUGAUUGCCAGGGUUCUAGAACAUGCUAAUUCUCUUUUCAUAGAUCGCCACUGGACUGUCCAGUCCUUGUCUGCCUUUGGGCUGGCGGAGAUGGAGAAGCUGAAAUUCUGCCUGUUGUCGGAAUGCAAUGGGAUGCUGCAGAUUGUCAAUGGACGCCAUUUAGAAGAUUUUUUCGUAAGACCAGUUCUUGGAUCAUUACAACAUCUCUCAAUUCAUUACAUGAAGAGUCUCCUUUGCAUCUGGAAUGGCCCAAUUCAUAGUCGGUGUCUGUCCAAUCUAAAAACCUUGGCGAUGCAUUCAUGCCCUGAGCUGAGGACCAUUUUUACGCAGGGGUUGCUUGAAAGCCUCACUUGCUUAGAGUCUCUUAUCGUUGAAGACUGUACUAUGAUCAAUAGCCUUGUUAGUUUGGGAUCCUACAACUCUACAUCAACUCGUUAUCUUCCAAGCUUGAAAAAGAUAUCACUUCUACACCUCCCUGAAUUGGUUAGCAUCUCUCGUGGUAUAAGUAUUGCCCCACGAUUGGUAAGUCUGGUCGUUUAUGAUUGCCCAAAACUAGAGAAACUAUCCUACAUGAAAGCAUUUGAUAAUGAUAUCAAGGAAAUUAAAGGAGAGAAUGAAUGGUGGGAUGCAUUGAAAUGCCUUUUUCUUUUAAACACAGGUAUUGGGGAGCUUACUAGGAAGCAGAAAGAAACAGUGCAAGUGGACACACACCCAUGUGAAUUUAAAAACAAAUGA